AUGAAUCCUGGAACCAGUGUAUCCGGGGCGCCCAGCUUUAGGUCCGGGGUGUCUGGGGUGUACAACUCGGGAUACAGUCCGCGCUCCGGGUUAACUUGCUUGCACCCCCACAAACCUUGUGAAGACCAGCUCUGGAGCAUCCUAAAAAACAGCAGAUCCACCCUGAUGCAGAAAACCCCCGCUGCGAAGAAAAAAUCUCAGCACUGGGAUGAAAUGAAUAUCCUGGCCACCUACCACCCUGCUGACAAAGACUAUGGAUUUAUGAAGGUGCAUGAGCCCAGUAUUCCCUAUCACAGGCUGCAGGAUAGCGAUGAGGACCUGUAUACGGGGUCCUCCCGUGCAGUGACUCCCGAGGCACUAGCAGAGAGGUUUGCAACAGUGGACAAUUUCUACCCCAAGGUCCUCCAGUACAGUGAUAACACAAACUCAGGGUCUGCAGAUGACUUUUCCAAGACACAUUCUCCUACCUUCAUAAAUCAGCAUUCAGCUUCAACCAUCAUCACACUGGAACAGAAGAUUAGUCAGCGACACAAGGAUUAUGAUAGCAAAGGAAGAUACCUGAGGUGCUGUCCCCACCCAGAGCUUGACGAUGACACAGAAGAUGAGCAGAUCAGUGAGAGCUGGAACCAGUCAGCGUUGGCGGUGGGAGGGCUGAGAACUAACAAACUGAUGGGUGCCCCAACUCUGAUCACCUGGUGCUUGCAGAUUCCACAAGGUUGAACUGGGUGAGUGAGAAUCCUAUAAGCACUGAGGUCCAUUGGCUGGACCACACAGGAAACCCCUUUCUGAAUCACGAGGCCACCAAGAACUCCCUGAUGGUGACAGUGACACCAUCGCAGCCUGGUGAGGCCACCAGGCCACCAUCUCACUGGGCUUGGCUCUUCCCAGGCUCCUGUUCCCCUAAGCCCCACUCCUUUAAGAUCAGCUGAUCAGGAACAAGUGCUCAGAGAGGCCCUGAGCCGCCUGGUGUGCAGGGUGGAGAGGAAACAAGGAGGCUCAGAAGGGACUGGGACCUCCUCCAGCCUGGCACCACCUGCUGGCCCCAGGCCUCCACCCUGACUCCUCUCUGUCACCUACCCUACUCCAGGUACUGCCCUGUCCUCCAAAGACAGUGGGUCUCAAGCAGCCCCCAGCUGGUGUCAUUGGCUGGUAACUAAAGAGUUGAACUGGAGAAGCCCAGAAAGCCCAGAGAGGAAAGCGGGAAGCAACCCAAACUCCCCAAACCCAA